UCUGUGUACAAGCUUAAAAGCUUUUAUGCAGUAAAUGAUAUUUGACAUUUGAAUUAAACCUUCCUGUUUCCGCAAAUAAUAGCGCAAAAUUGAAACAUAAUUUUUCUCAUUUAAACAUUCUGAGUUUUCCUAAGAGGUUUUUUCUUUCGCCAUAAAAUGUCGCCUGAUUAAUGGUCUCUUUUCUCUUUGUCCCCAAACAGUCUUCUACAGAGGAAGAGAGCUUUUUCGCAGCUCUCGAUGAAAAAUUAUCAAUCUCUGUCUCGUCAACUUUUUAUCUAAACAUUUAGUGAGACAAUGAUAACAAAAACACAACAAACCGUAAACAUUUCGAAGAGAAUAAUUACCGGUUUGGUACAGUUCAGACUAAAACUGGAUCUUAUUUACUUUUCCUUGUGCGAGGUGAAUCCCUUCUAAGAAAGGCGGAAGAUUUAGAAUAGUCAUCUGAAGUCUAAAGUAAUUCAUUAUUAUAAAGCUAUCGGAGACCAAUACCGAGACGCCUUAAGGUUACAAAAUUUUGCAAAGGUGAAUUCACACUCUGCGAUGAUAUUGUUUACUUCCGUAAAAGAUAUUUGUUUGCUUUUGUUAAGAGUUCAUCACAAAGGUAGAGGAAAGAAAAGAAAAGAUGUCAUUAAAUUAUUUAGACAACGAGAUUGUUUCCAGAGGUAGAACUGUCUCCCAAGGUAACAGAGAAUGAAUAAAAGAAGGCAUUAUCUUUCUUGAGAUCUCUUCGUCGGCAUCACGGUUCUCUGCAACAGCACAGUUCUGACCAGUGAUAAAAAAGAUUGCGCUGACGUUUUUUUGGUAAGAGUUUUAAAACAUUCUACGACUUCUUCCUCUUAAAAUAGAUGAAGGUGUAUGAUUUGUUGAAGUGACAGCUUUAGAAGACCGUUUUAGGUGGGGAAAUUUGAAGAUGUUUUGACUUUGUGAAUGAGUUAAUUCUUCCUUACUAACAGUACGAGGAAAAGCUACUGUUCACGAUUGGUCGUUAACUGUUGAAAUAUGCACUUGUAUUGGUCCAUUUCACUAGUCCUUUUGGGAGCUUUGAGUUGUAAGACCGCUGACUCGCCAAUGAUUUACGGCUCAGCAGAAUUGGAACACGACUGGGCCGAGGCCUUCAAGCUCAUAAUCACCGUCAAAAUGCAGUAUCCAGUCCCUAACGGUUGGAGGAUCGCACUGAUAUUUUCUCAGCCAAUCAAAAAGAUCGACGUAUGGAGAGCGAUCGUUUUGAAAAAAUCUGCCGACCAAAGAAUACACGAUCUCAAAGAAGAAUAUUUCAAUAAAAAAUUGGCAACGGGUCAAGUUCUGACAUUUGCUGUGGUGGCGUGCAAAGGCAAGAGAAACUCCCCCCCUGGUAACGUCACAGUUCUAUUCAAAGGUGGAAACAUAAGUCCUCGACUCCCCACUCAGCCCCCGCCCACAACACCUCAACAGGUGAUACCGAUUUAUCCACUGAAGCCGAUCGAUGAAUCAAAUACCGGCUUUAAAAUGAUCAUUGAAUACCGUGUCCCAGAGGUCGUGAGUGACUGGAGCAUAUCACUCAAGUUCACCAAGAACAUCAGCACGAAGAAUUUUGCCAUCGACAAGGCAACGGUCUCGCUUCCAAAGGCAUCGACGACCGACUCUUUUUGUCUUGGACCCAGGCCCUACAACAAGAAGCUCAAAGCGAAAUCGAGUCUACGCAUUGAAUUUAACUGCUACAAAGCGAAGCCGUACGAAGCUGCACCGAACGCAUUCUUCGUUUUCAACCCAAAUUGGACGAAAUGCGAAGAUUUUGAUCUGCCUGUCCCAGUCCCUGGACCAUCGGCCCCACAAGAACGCGCCAGCGCAGAAUUGAUUCAGCAAUGGCCGCCAAAUAACUUUAAGAUGAGGUUUGAGUUGCAAGUGAUAGAUUCUGUGCGAGGCGGAUGGAAAAUUAUUUUGUAGUUCUCCAGACCAGUUGCUGAAAUAACCAAUCUGAACGCAGCCAAGCUCGCCGGAAAGUCUCAAGACGGACAAACCUAAUACAUCGAGAAUUUCCCGGGGCAGAUCCAGAGUGCCAACCUAAAGCAAUGUGAGAAAAUUCGAAUCGAGUUUUCCGGAAAGUUGUCAUCAGGCUCAAACGCUCCACUGACGGCUCAAGUGUUGUUUGAAAGGAAAGAACCGGAAUACGCCGAGGUGAAUCUUCAUGGUGCAUGUCCUACCAAAGUUCCAUGAGCAAAAUAUUUAAGGAAAAAUUCAGUCAUGAUCAACAGUUCUAAAAAAUGGCGGGAUUUGAAAACUCUCUGUCGCACACAUUUUGAUUUUACUUUCAAUUGGUCACCUUCGUUAAUUAAUUGCUAGCGAGAGUUGCAAUUUCAGGGUAUUCAAUGGUUCAAUAAAUUGCACAAAACAGUCAAAACGUGGCAAAACUUAGACUGUACUUUUAACGCAUCAGAUCAUCAGAUCAUAUCACCAUAUCUAACUCCAGAGACAGCGAGAAUGGAGGGAGGGGGGACUGGGGGAUGCUUUUAGCCCCCCUCCCUCAAAUUUUUGCUAGGAUGACAUUUUGUUU